AUGUGGAGCCCAGUGGUACAUUCAACAAAAAAUGAAACUGGUCCCGUACCUCGGACACGCUUCAAACACGCCAGUUGUGUAGAUCCCGUGAGACGAGUGGUAUACCUUCUUGGUGGGCGCUCUUCUAAUAUUCCUUUGAAGGAUUUCUGGGUUAUGGAUCUCGACACUGGUAUAUGGACGUCACUUGGUUGCAAAGGAGCCCCGUUAAACGUUCAAGAGCAUUCCAUGGUCUACUGGAACGAUUGUGUCUACGUAUUUGGCGGGAUCUUUGCACCGGUUGACGAGUGUCCAUUGUGGACAUACCAGAUUCAGAAUAACACUUGGAGCAAAUGGCAGUCAAGCAAAAGCUGUGCUCCUAUUUCCAGGAAAGGUCAUACAGCUGUCGUCUAUGAGGAUCGUAUGCUCGUUUAUGGAGGAUAUCAAGAUAUGCGAGGAUCACUCGGAGAACUAUGGCAAUUCUCUUUUGAUACCUUUUCGUGGAAAAUGAUUCAUGGCAAUAAAGCAUCUAAGUCAUCUGAAGUGAUUCCACCUGGAAGACACAGUCACACAGCCGUGGUUUUUGAUCAAGCAAUGUGGGUCUAUGGUGGAAUGACAGAUUUGGUUGAAAGAUCGGAUUUGUGGAGACUAGACCUAGUUACCAUGAGAUGGAGUUCGGUCAAAUGUAAGCCGUUGGGUCCAGGACCACUUCACGGACACUCGGCGGUGAGAGUCCGCUCUCACAUGCUCGUAAUGGGUGGCGAAAAGCAGGGCAACUUAUCCGAUGAAGUCUGGCGGUUUCACUUCACAACGGAAACCUGGGAACGUCUAGAGACCCGAAAUCCCAGACCGACGGCGCGUACUCAGUUAACGACCGUCGCUCUAAAUGGAUCUUUCUUCGCCUCUAAUGAUGAACCAAUCUAUUUGGAAGAGCGCCCUACAUCAACGGGACCUAAUAUUGAAGACAGCGUGCCUACCGAAUGCUCAACUGUUAUCAACGCCGCAAACAAGUCACGUCCUCUUUUCAGCCGAAAUCACGGUUACCAGCCGGUCAGUAAAAAAGAUGAGGAAAUAGAUUGCUCCAACCCCACGGCUUGGCUAACGAAAAGCAGCACGUACUCAUUGCUCAGCAAUGUGAGCACUGACAGUUUCAUGUCAGAGCUAGAGGAUAGAGCGCAAAACAUGGUUAAACUAGACAACAAUGUGUGCUCAACCCGCCGUCCAGGUCAAGCUCGAAGUGAGAGUGUUCAAAACUUUGCUUCUGUUCGCUCUUCAAUCCCUCGUUCGCUGACAACGGUCCGCUUCAAUCCGUUCGAUCCUAACAAAGAAAUAAGCCGCGUCCAGAGAGACGAAACUUUUGACAUCACAACUUCUGAUUACGCUAGCGAAAUAGAUGAGCCGUUCCCUACUGCAUUCAUCGGAAUCUCGAACCCAGUUUACACAGAGUAUUCUUCCUGUGUGGCAGACGAUUUUCUGGAAGUAGAACAUCGCAAUUUUGCUCAGGCGUUGAAUCCAUCGCUCUUUUCUAAAAAUUCGCGUACUACUCGGUUGCGAAAUGACGUUCUGAAUCAGUUGCAUCGCUUGCAUCAUAUUGUGAACGAACGACGAGUUCAGAACACAACGUUUCCAAAUUCCUCAGAUAAUAAUAGUUACACGGAUACAAAGCAUGCUGUUAAUUCUUUAGCUCACAAUGAAGAAGAAUGGUCCAUUUUAAUGUUAGGUGGCAGAGAACCAGUCCAACUCACGACUUUCGAUCGACCUCUUUCAAUUUGGAUGUUCCGGCUAUAACUUUUUACUCAACCUAUCCCAUGUUUAUGGAGGAAUAUCAUACAUAUAUAGGGUGUUGUUUUAUGUAAAACCGUUCGUGUGUGAUAGCUUAGGCGGUAACGAAAGGAUAUAAUUCUUAUGUUGCAUAUUGUAACCGAUAAAGUAGGUGCAUCGGUUUGGACUUUCUCAGUAUUGAUAUAUGACACAGUCCAGUAGUAAUUUAUGGCCUUUUUUUGUCAAUAUGCGAGCGAGACAUAAGUAUGAUAUCCUAAAUCGUAAUUUCGGUACGAGAACUGAAUACUGUAGUAAUUUGCUAAUUAAAACUAUAUCAUCCUUUCCUCAUUUCUAAUUCCAUUAUUCUGCCAUUAAACAAUGUAACUGUAACAACUUGAAAGUAGAGAAAUUAACUAAAAUGUAAAAUGUUGACUAUGUAACAGAAAUUUCACAGGUAAUUCUAGUACUAGUGAUUUUAAAAUAAUCUGUAUAUUUACCCUGCCUGCCAUAUUCGGGUCCAAUCUCCCAACACAGUUUGGUGUAAAUGAUUCUCGAAUGUGAACUAUUUUCAUAAUAGACGAAUAUUUAGCGAAG